UAUAGAUCGGUGCAAGGCUUUUUAACCGGGUACAAGCAGCCAGCCUUAAAGGAAACAUUUCGUCUUAAAUUUAGAGCAGAGGUUAUAACUGAGCGAUAAAGGUCUGAAAAGCUAAGCAAACAUGAGCGACAAGGGGACAGUGUCACCGAAAGAGAAGGAGGCAACAGAGAAGAGGGGGCGUGGAAGACCCCGCAAGCAGCCCCAGGUAAAAACCUCUGACGAGCCAAGUGGGUCCCCUACUCCAAAGAGGCCCAGAGGACGGCCGAAGGGCAGCAAAAACAAGGCAACCGGCAAGGGCAAAAAGGCAACAGCGCCCCCAUCUGCAGGGGGAAAACGCAGGGGAAGACCUAAGAAGGAGGAGAAAGAAGAAAAGGCGUCCCAGGAAUCAUCUGAGGAGGAAGAGGAAGAGGACCAGUAAUUCACAACGCAUGCUACCUCACUCAACAUACUGACUUACUGUUAACCAGAACUGGGCUGUAACACCAGUGCCACCACAUGACCACUGUUCACGACAAAGCCCUCUUUGCCAAAAGGAGGGUUAACACAGUACAUAUAUCAUGCAACAGCACUGGAUAGAACGAUGGACCUUGCUCAAGCAUAGAUCUAAGAAUUACAUGAAAGGUAACAGCCCUUUUCUCUACAUGUCAUGUUAUCACAAGUCUUUUAUACUGGACAAAGGUGUGCUCCAAGGAGCCUGGACGUUUCCGUUUUUUUCUCCUAAAGAUGGUUUGUAGGACAUUUUCUCUGCUUAAUGUUACUUAUUUGUUGUACCCGCAUCUGAGAUGGUAGGGCAUAUAGAUUUUUCUCCAUGUUUUGUACUGGACAAAGGUGAAUUUUACCUAUACUUGCUUUUUUUCCCCCUUUUUUUGUGUUCGUGUGAAGUGGUUAACCUAUUGUCUGCAUCUUAUUAUAGAUGGAGUUGAGCUUCAGUGUUGAGGAUGAGAAUAGGUAACUGAUGGUAGAAGAGUGUGGGGGUUUUUUUUUUCUUUCUUUUCCCUCUGUCCCUUUCAAUGUCUUCUCUGCAUAACUGAUUUCGCCUAGUCUCACCAGUAGAGCAGAAUCGUCUUUACCACCUUCCCCGACCCCUUCUGUAGGACAGCUUAGGUUUAGUUAUGCUUCUCAGACUUUCUUCUCAGUCCUCGGCUUGUAGUGGGGAGAUGUAAAAUGUAUUGUUAGUCAUCAGAAUAGUCUGAUCAGACUUACUGUUUUGUUCCUUCGGGUUACAUACCAUUUUAAGAAGAAAAAAAAAACAUGAGUGUGCUGCUUUUCAUGUUAUAAUAAAACUCAAAUCUUUUUGGUAUAAUGUGUGUUUUUAAGGAUAGGGUUGGCAGAGUUCUAGGCUGAGAGCAUCAGUGUCAUUUCUUCAGGGAGCUUUUACAAAUGCUGUUACAUUGGCGUCUUUGUCUUCACAUGGUCCUCAGUUUCCAAGCGCUCACUCAAUCACUCGUAAGGCAAACUGCAAUUGGUCAAACAAGGAGUUUGAUUGUAAUAGAGGAUAGUUGGUGGCACUACUAUCCAACAGGGCUGUACGUUUUUCAUUCCAUCUAGCUCUCACUGCUUCACCUAGCUUGGUCCUUCUGUCAUCACUUAGUACAGUAAUAUACUUUUCUUAGUCUGUUUGAAGAUGUGUGUUGUAUGACGUCUGCUACAGGAAAAUAAAGAUGUUUGUGUGUCUUUCUAAGUGUCAGGGAACCCGCGGUCACAGUCCACUUAACUGGGUUUUUCCACACACCUAAGCUGCUACAACCUCAGUUACGAAACCCGGAAAACUGCAAACAGGCGAUACAAGGCCUGGAAUUUCAUACCUCACUCAACAGCUUACUUUACCAUAUAAUUGCAUUUAACUGGUUUUCUGUUGUUUUUAAAUGUAACCUCUGGCAUGAGAUGGAAAGAUGUCGUUAUUACAAAGUUUGUGUAAAUUUUUUUUUUUUUUUUAAACCUGACUGUAAUAAGGUAUCUAAGAUGUCAAGUGCGUGACUGUGUACAUAUGCAGCACGUCUUGGCUCGUUCAUAACCGGAGCUUGCAGACAGGUUGUUUUAAAUGUGUGAAGCAAGUCAGGGAGACCUGUCAGCUUGACAACUGUGUUCGCUGACUGUGGUAGAUUAGCAGGUGUGUUUUUAUCCUUUUAAAAAAAAAAUCUUCUGGUGCACUGAAAUGUUGGUUCAGAUUUUCAUGGACAAAUGUUUGUGUGUUUGUGAUAGACUGGGCGCUCUUUCCACUUAACUGUUCUGUUGGCCACCGUGUGUUUGGCACUACCACACACAGCCACCCUCGCCAUACUCGUACAACGGUCAUACAAUGGUCAUUUCAUGUCUAUUUUUUUUUUUUCUCAGCAUCCUCCAACUACUCUUGACAAUAUCAUUGUCAUUCUACAUACCAACAUCUUGCAUCCGUUCAUUUAUAUACUGUAAACUCAAUAGGAUGGGAUCAUUCUUUUUAAUGUACACCGUAUAUAAAUGUACAAUGUCUAUAUUUCUAUGGUGCCCUACAACAAUUUGUAUCAGAAAUGGUCAAUAAAGAGAAUUUUCUUUGUCAA